AUCGAUUUGAAUUGUCGCGGAAAUGAAGCUAAACGCUGUGUUGGCAGUAUUUGCAGUGCAUUGCUUCAAUAUUGGCCUAGUACGAGCGCAAUCACCGCAAGUUUGUCUCAAUGGCACGUCUUGCGUAAUUGGCAAAUAUAUGGAAGGUUUUCAAAAGCGUCUAUUCGAAGGCUUUCUAGGCAUACCAUUUGCCAAACCGCCUAUUGGUGAUUUACGAUUUAGUAAUCCUGUAGAAUACGGACUUUGGGAAGGCACACUUGCAGCACGAACUCCAAAGCCAGAUUGUAUACAAAAAGAUUACGUGAAGGCGGGGUCCAGUAUCCAGGGUUCAGAGGAUUGUUUGUACUUGAACGUCUACCGUCCUUUGAAUGUAGGCUACAAGAAGUUACCGGUUUUAUUUUACUUGUAUGCUGGUGGAUUUUCCAGUGGAUCGGCUAGUCCUCAAGCCCAAGGGCCGGAAUACUUUAUGGAUACAGACGAUGUUAUAUUGCUUAUACCAGCUUAUCGUUUAGGCCCAUUUGGUUUCCUUAGUACUAACGAUGAAGAAAUGCCCGGCAAUUUCGGCCUCAAGGAUCAGAAUUUAGCGCUCAAAUGGAUUCAAAAAUAUAUUUCGGCAUUCAGUGGUGAUCCCGAUCGUGUGACUAUCUUUGGAAAUAGCGCUGGCGCUGCAGCUGCACAUUAUCAAUUGCUGAGCCCUGCUUCAAAAGAUUUAUACCGAAACGCUAUUUUGGCAAGCGGUGCGGCAAUCCUUCCAUUUGCCAGACCUUUGACAGAUCCGAAAUCAAGAGCCAUAGAAUUGGCGGAAGCUGUCGGCAUACGAGAAGCCGCAUACCUAACUUCGGAAGGAUUAGUAAGGGCUUUACGAAAAAUAAAUCCCUCUGUAUUAAUAAAGGCUGUCGAUAAAUUGAAAUCAUGGUAUAUCCAUCCUUUGGGCAUAUUCCAUCCAGUUAUUGAACAAAGCUCAUGGAAUGGUGCAUUUUUAACCGCAGAUCCAUCGUCAUUGAGCAUAGAAAAGCCAUGGAUAAUUGGGCAUGUAACAUCAAGGGGCGAAGGCGGACCCUUGGCAAAUCGUCUAAUAACUAGUCCUUCGUUGCGCGCACAAUUCAAUGACGAUUUCGACAAAUUGUUGGGUGUCAUGUUAGAAUUUCCUGAUACCAUUGAUAGGGCCGCAUUAAAUCGGACAAUUGAAAUGUAUAUGAAAGGUCAACAUAACUUAAACGACGAAACAUUGGAUGGCUUUUGUGAGCUUGUAGGUGACGGAGGUUUUGUUUAUCCUAUCUACAAAACCAUUCAAUUCAAUGUAAAUUCUGCCGUUGCGCAGAAUCUAAAAGGCAUAAUAAGAUUCGAUUAUCGUGGACCAUAUUCUUUUUCACAAACAUAUACGGGCAGCAAUGCAAACUAUAGUACUGCGCAUGGUGAUGAUUCACUAUUCCUGUUUAGGGUACCGGCAGAAUUCCCACGGAAUUACCCAUUAAUAUCGCCUGAGGCAACUUUGGUAAAACGUUAUGUGGGACUUUACGUAGAAUUCGCCAAAACUGGAAAAGUAAGCGAUCUAGAGGAUAUUGGCGCAUGCACAAGGGAUUCAUUUGAGAAGGGCAGCUGUAAAUAUUUAUCAAUCGUGAAGAGUCCUGCACUAUUCCAGACCGGCAGCACUUGGAAUAUUGACAAAAUGAAAUCGUGGGAUGAUGUAUACAAAAUUGCAUUCAAUUGUCGGGAAAUGAAGCUAAACGAAUUGUUGCUAGUAUUUACGGUGUUUUGGUCCAUUAUUGGCCUAAUACGAACAGAAGCACCAGAAGUUUGCCUCGGACGCUCGAGUUGUGUCGUUGGUAAAUAUGAGCGAGGCUUUCAAAGAAAUCUAUACGAAGCUUUUUUGGGCAUACCAUAUGCUAAACCGCCAACUAAUGAACUAAGAUUCAGUAAUCCGCAAGAAGUCCAGCUGUGGAAAGGCACAAUUUCUGUUAAAAAUCCAAAGCCAGACUGCAUACAAAAAGAUUAUAUCGAUACCAAAGCUCGCAUUAGCGGAUCAGAGGAUUGUCUGUAUUUGAACGUCUACCGUCCUUUGAAUUCAGGUGAUAGGAAGUUACCGGUUUUGUUUUAUAUUCAUGGAGGUGGAUUUUUCAGUGGCUCUGCCAGUCCUAAAGCCGAAGGACCGGAGUAUUUCAUGGAUACAGAUGAUGUCAUAUUGGUUGUACCAGCUUACCGUUUAGGCCCAUUUGGUUUCCUUAGUACUAACGACGAAGAAAUGCCCGGUAAUUUCGGCCUCAAGGAUCAGAAUUUAGCCCUCAAAUGGGUUCAAAAAUACAUUAGUGCAUUCGGUGGUGAUCCCGAUCGUGUGACUAUCUUUGGACAUAGCGCGGGUGCUGCAGCUGCACAUUAUCACUUGUUGAGUCCUGCCUCAAAAGAUUUAUUCCGAAACGCUAUUUUGAUAAGUGGCGCCGCAAACUCUCCAUUUGCUAAGCCCAUUGACAAUCAAACAUCGAACGUCAUUGAAUUGGCGGAAGCUGUCGGCAUAAGAGACGCUGCAUAUCUAACUUCGAAAGGUUUAGUAAGGGCUUUACAGAGAAUAAAUCCAACUAGGCUGUUAAAAGCUGUCGAUAAGUUGAAAUCAUGGAAUAUCUAUCCAUUGCCGACUUUCCACCCAAGCAUUGAGCAAAGCUCAUGGAGCGAUUCAUUUUUAACGGCAGAUCCAUCUACAUUGAGCAUAGAAAAACCAUGGAUCAUAGGACACGUACCAUCGAAGGGCGAAGGCGUGCCCAUUGCACUUCGUCUGGCAACAAAUCCAUCAUUGCGCGCUAAAUUCAAUGCCGACUUUGAUAAGUUGUUGCGCACCAUAUUAGAACUACCAGAUACCAUUGAUGGAGCCGCUUUAAAUCAGAUAAUCGAAAACUAUCUGAAUGGCGAACAUAAAUUGAACGACAAAACAUUGGAUGGCUUUCUUGAGCUUUUAGGCGAUGGAAGUUUUAUUUACCCUACCUACAAAACUAUUCAAUCCCAUUUGAAUUCUGCGGGUGCGCAGAAUCUAAAAGGCAUGAUAAAGUUCGAUUACCGUGGACCGUAUUCUUAUUCAAAACUAUUUACUGACAGCAAUAAAAACUUCAGUACUGUGCACUACGAUGAUGCACUAUUCCUGUUCAGGGCAUCAAGAACAUUCUCAAAGGGUUACUCAAUAACAUCGCCCGAGGCAGCUGUUGUUAAACGUUAUGUGGAUCUUUAUGUGGAAUUUGCAAAAACUGGAAAUGUUAAAAAGCUUGAGGCUAUUGGCGCAUGCACAAAGGACUCGUUUGAGCAAGGCGCCUGUAAAUAUUUAUCAAUCGUGAAGAGUCCUGAACUUUUCCAAACCGGCAGCACUUCGAAUAUUGAUAGAAUGAAAUUGUGGGAUGAUGUCUACAAUGUUGGUACUUCACCGUCACCGUCACCGUCACCGUCACCAUCCCCUUCGCCUGAC